AUGCAGCGGACCGAGGCCAACGGGACUCAGCGCAGGCUCUUUUCGUUAAAGGUUGACGUUCCCGACGGCUCCUCAAACUCACCAAGCGCUUCACCUAUGCAUGGUAGGCCGAGAGAAAAGGCACCGAAGACGCUAACAUGGAACGAGAUACCACUCUGGCAGAGAGAUAAUGAGUACAUCUUGACAGGGUAUCGCCGUGUUCAGAACAGUUGGCGAGGUUGUAUCGGGUCUGUGUUUGGAUAUCUACACAACGAGACUAUCAACAUUCACUCCCACCUGCUCGGGGCUGCCCUUUUCUUGCUCAUCCUAUGUUCUUUUCAAACAUUUUGGGUGGCCGGCCACGCAUCCGCGUCCGCAACCUUUCACACUGCAACUUGUCACUCUGAGCGGGUUUUUCACCAGUGUCACGCUCUAGACUACUCCGGUAUUGUCGUCCUCAUUGUUGGAUCCUUUGUACCCUGCCUCUACUAUGGAUUCUACUGCGAGCCACUGGCUCAGACAUUCUACUUGGGGUUGAUCUUCAGCGCCGGGGUUGGCGCAGCAUAUAUCGUCCUCAACCCUGAGUAUGCUCAGCCCUCACACCGCGGUGCACGUACAGGGGUCUUCAUCGUACUAGGACUCACUGCCAUCGUGCCUGUGACACAGCUUUUGUUUACUCACGGCCCCGUGCAUAUGUUCUCGGAGAUGGGGCUCGGUUGGCUGCUCCUCUCAGGGGCACUCUACAUAUUCGGGGCGCUCAUCUACGCAAACCGCAUUCCAGAGCGCCUUUCCCCUGGACGGUUUGACCACUUCUUUGCCUCUCAUCAGAUCUUCCACGUUUGCGUUGUCAUUGCCGCACUGGCUCACUGGGUGUGUCUUGUAUCGGCGUUUCAACACUGGCACUCGAGACCAGAUGUAUGCCUGCUGUAG